AUGCCACAAGUUCAUGAAUAUCUAUUAGGAUUACUUAAUUAUUUUUAUUGGUUUUUUGAAAUAACAAAUAAUACUUCAUUAAAAACUGAACAACACAUAGAUUAUUCACAAAUGGAGAAAAAUCGAAUUCAUAUUGCAUAUGCUCAUUUACUUGCUUCGUUACGUGAACUUAGUUGUAAAUAUGCUAUAUUAUUAUUAGGUACUGAUCUAAAAGAUUUUCAUCAUAUGCGUAAUGGCGAUCUUUUUUAUUCAUGUACGAAUAUUGAUCGAACUAUCCAUGAAUCUCUUUUUAUUCUAUCAACUUAUUUGAUUUGGAUAACAUUUUAUCGACAAAAUUUUGAUUUAAUUCAAAUUGAAUUAGCUCGAUUAUUUCGAGCUGGUAGUCAUGUAGAAACAAUCAAAAUUCCAAUCACAGAAAGUUUAGAAGGUCGAAUAAAAAAUGAAGUAUCCAAUGUACCUAUGGCUCGACAUAAAUUGAUUGAUUGUACAGAAUUCUUUUCAAAAACUAUGGCUAAAAAAGCAGCAAUUAUGAGAACAAGUGAAGUUUCUAAUAAAAAUCUAUCUAUACAACGUACAAGUUCGAUGUUUUGGAAAUCAAAUGAUAUUUCUCAUUUACAAAAUCGAGUAAAAGAUUUCAAUAUACAAGAAGAAAAUGAUGAAUUAUAUGCACUUGGAUUCGAUGAUAAAUCACCUUAUUAUCGUCAAAAACAUAAAUUACGUAUUUCUCAACAUAAAAAUCGUAUUCGUAGUAUUUUAACGAAACAAUUCAAAAAUAGAAAUGAAAAUCUUACCGAUGAACAACAUUAUCAAUUGAAAAGUAAUAGCACGAAUGAGCAAUCAACAAAAGAAGAAAUUAAAAAUAAAAUACAAGAAAAAAAUCGAACAAAAGACGAACGUGUUAUUAUGAAACAAUUUUUAAGUUCAUCAUCUUAUAAACAUUCAUUUAUGUUACCUGCACCACCUAAUCCAUUGAAUGAUUCUCAUAGAAUGAAAGAAAAACAAUUGAUUUUACCUAAAAUUCAAUUUAAAUUGAUAGAAAAUAUUGGUAUUAUUGGAAAACCUUAUUCAGAUUUCGAUUUAAUACGAUUGAUAUUAAAACCGAAUAUUGAAAAUAAUAUAACUAUUCCUUCAGAAUUUCUUGUAACUAUGCCAAAUGUAGUUCAUCAUAGUUAA